AUGAUAACUUAUAGUGGAAUUCUGGGGAUAAUAUACCUGCAAGUAACUGGAGUUGGAUUCCUAGGGAACUGUAUCCUCUUAUUCCAAAACAUCUUUGAUUUCAUCUUUAUUCAUAGGACUAGACCUAAAAAUCUAAUUAUUAUCCAAUUGGCCUUUUCCAAUGCCAUGUUGCUUCUUUUCAGGGGAAUACAAAAUACAACAAGGCUUUGGAUGAUGAAGUGUUUCCUGGAAGAGCUUGGAAUCAGAAUCAUAGCAUAUAUGCAGACAACAGUCCAGGGUCUGUCUCUGGGUAGCACUUGCAUCUUGAGUGCAUUCCAAGCCAUCACUAUUAGUCCAAACAAUUCCAUAAGUUUACAGCUCAAAAUAAGAGCACCAAAGUGCAUCAUUACAUGCAUUCUUCUUUGCUGGAUCUUCAAUUUACUUUUAUAUAUUAUUAUACUUCUAUAUCAUAAUGAUGGAAAGAAUAAUACCGAUAAUAACUAUGGAUGCAACAUUGUGUUUAAAAUUCUGGAUAUGUAUAAGAAUCACAUAAAAAAUACCAUCCUAAUAUAUGUCAAAGAUGCUAUGUGUGUGUGUGUCAUAACUUCUUCUAGUGCCUAUAUGAUAUUAAUCCUAUGUAAGCAUAAAAGACAUAUGAAACAUAUUCAUAGUAAUAGCCUCUCCAUAAAAAUAUCUCCUGAAACCAGAGCCACCAAAGCUAUCCUACUUCUACUAGGCACAUUUGCUUUGUUUAACAUAUUUGGUCCCAUUUUUAUUCUAUAUAUCAUCUAUUUUAAAUACAUAAACAACUGGGUAAUGCAUGCCUUAAUCUUUCUCUCUCUGGGGUAUCCAACACUCAGUCCUUUUAUUCUGAUCAGUAUUCAUAACCAAAUUCCCAGGAUUUGUGCUUAUUGA